ACGAUCCGCUCGAUUGUUUUUCCAGGCGGAGAGUACAUCGCGCCGCAUAACGAAACUGCCAUAAACAUUUCCUCGACAUUACUUCCGAAAGCGUCAGUGUGUAUCCACGGAAAUCGCACUUAUUCAGCGGGUGAGAAAGUUGUCCGAGACUGCGAGGAGAAGUGCGUGUGCUCCGAAAGUGGAAUUAUGGAGUGUCAGCCUUUAUGUAUCUACCCUUACGUUAGAGCGGGCAGAGACUAUAAGGAUCCUUUGUGCCAAGAAAAACUGGUUGUUGAGGAACCAUGUUGCGCCGUUAUUCUCUGUCCAGAUUCAGAUACUGAACCGGACGAGACGUGUGUGUUCGGCAACAUUACAGUGGCUAGAGGAGAACGUGUUGAAGACGGUUGCUCCAGGAUAUGCAUUUGCGAGGCUGGCGGCCAUUUGAAGUGUCAGCCCAGGCCCAAGUGUCCACCGAAUGACACCAUAGCCAAGCAGCAUGAUCGCUGCGUCGCGCUAACCGACCCUAGUGAUCACUGCUGCACAGUUACACUUUGCGACGUUACUUUGGCCGAUCACGAGUUCAGACUGGAGAAUUCCACCGAUCUGAGCGUACAAUUAAUGGACGUGAAGGUGUUGAAUUCGACGGCGAUCAAAUUAAAAUUAUCCGCGAAGAAUCCUCAAGACGUUACCAUAGAGAUCUCGCAGGACAAUCACGUAUGGAGACAACAGAAUCCCGAUAAAGAUGGUAUAGUUUCGAGUUUGGAGCCCGCGCACACGUAUUACGUUCGCGUGGCGGAAGGAAGCCGUACCGGGCUAGCCAUACAGGUGUCCCUACCAGCCGAAGUGGUGAAGACGAAUAUUUCGGAGAAAACAUCCGACAAGAAUACCUGCAAUUACAGGGGAAAAUCAUACAAAAUUGGCGCGGAAUGGUACGAUGAGUGUAUCUCCUUCUGCACUUGCACAGAGAGUGGAAAAAGUGAAUGCGCUACGAUAGAGUGUCCUACGGACUUUGGAUUGGACUUGUUGGAUCCUCACUGUCUAGAUUGGGAAACGGUUCCAGCGAAUUUUGUCCCAAAAGCACCACAAUGCUGUCCCCAGGAGGUGCGCUGUAGGAACAAUGGCUCCUGUAAUUAUGAAGGAGUUACGUACGACAACUGGAGCGAGUUACCGUCAAACGUCACCGGCUGCGAGAGGCGUUGUUAUUGCGAGAUGGGCAAUGUGUCCUGUCACGCUGCUUGCAAAUUUGUACCAGCCCUGCCGCCUGCCAAUUUACCAUGUCCUUCUCAUCAAGCAACAUUGACGCAUGUACCUGCUAAUCCGUGCUGCACGCAAUGGACCUGCGGCCAUCCUUCGUCACAACUGCCAGGGGUGAACGUGACGACCGCGUAUCCCGGCCCCUUAGCCACAAACACGUUUGAUCGGCAAACGAUUGACAAUAUCAAAAGACCGAAUAACAAGUCGGAAAUGUUCAAGCCCAGCCAGGAACCGGAGCACAGUACUUCUCCCUUCUCGGAAGACCCGAAAACCGAUCAGACCCAUACGGACACUACUGCUCACGGACCUCCUCACUAUCCUAUGGAUCCAGGACAUCCUACGGUGCCCUACAACGGACCUUACAGUCCCGACUUCCUAUCCACUCAUCUCAAUGUCGAGGACAUCUUUCAUUUGCCCGUUCACUCCGAAAAGCCGAUAUCGAUCCCGAAAGAAAAAUCAAAGUCAAAAUCCGACUCGAAGAAACCCGUAGAAUCGCUGAAACCUCACAAGGAUAUGAUUGAUCAGUAUUUCCCUGGUCCGUUAGCACCUGAUAGAUUCUCCGAUAAGGCCGCUUCGAUGCCUACAUAUCCUAUUAAUGAAAAUCAACCUGCACCAGGUUUAUUGAACCCGAACAAAUGGACUUCUUUGCAAAAAGAUCGUCCAAACGAUCAGGCUCAGUUCAUUCCGUUACACCCUCAACCGGAUACAUCAGAUCCAGGAUUCUCUUUUGCUCAUAGUAACGGAGAAAAUACCUCUCCGGUCAAUUAUAAUAACCAAUACUCAGCGGUUGGACUUCCUCAUCAGGGUUCGAUCCCGCUCAAAUCCGAUACGAUCGACCCGAACGUAAUUGUCCCUAAGAAGAAGACCACACCAAGUAAUCCCUUUGUCGACGCAGAAAAAUCAAAACCGUCCUCGGUAUUGCCGGAUCGGCCGAAACAAGGUCAAAGAAAUCCCGAUCACGAGACUCUGCCGGAACAGUUGUACCACCUGAUAAACUCGCAGCACCCCGGCCUAAUUCAGCUCAAUCAUACUCCUCCCCAAGGUCACCCGGCUCUGUACGAUCUUCACCAACAGAUCUCUAGUCAGAAACAGCCGUCCGGCAAUCGAGGUCAACAGCCCCCUUAUUUCGGGACGGCCGCGGCGGCGCCCAUCGCGCCGAAGAAGACGACGAAGCCCCAUGUCUUCGCGCAGAAAGAUGAGAACGGGCAGACCACUUAUCACAUUCACACGCCCGACAUUCCGAAUACCCCGCAGCAAAUCGAGGAGCUAUUAGCGCACAUCGGUCAGCACGAUCCCAAUCCCGGGCCCUUCCAACCCUAUCCCGGCCAGCCAGCUAUACCCCAUAACGUGCCGAACGGCCCGCUGCCAACUCUACCACUCCAUAUAGACGCUCACAUACCACAGUCAGGACUUACGCACUUGAACCACCCGCUCGCAGCACAAACGCCCAGUCAGUCAGGUUUGGACCAUAACAUUGUACCUCCAGGCUUUGCUCUACCUGGAGGUAUAACCGGAUUCCCAGCCGCGUCUGCCUCCAAUGAGGUCACAAUGCAAAUACUGGAAGCGCUAGAUGAACAUACGGUUCGAUUAGUGUUCACCGUACCUCAGGUGCUGGUAGGGCUGCACGGAAGAGUCGAGCUGCGAUACACCAGCGAUAAAACGAAUUUCGAUCCAUCCACGUGGAAGGCACAGGUGUUUGCCCCUCCUAAUGACUUGAUCGCGACACCGCAGCUUGAGUUUGAGCUGGGUGAUCUAAAGCCGAUGACCGAAUACAAGGUGAAGAUUACGGUGAAACUGAAGGACCUGGCCAACAGUCCAACCAGCAAGAUUUACAGUGUGCGUACAUUGGAGAAACACGCGGAGGUGACGACCCUGCCCCCGCAAAUACCGAUUGACGCCGAACUUAGAAUAGCAGAGACGAAUUCGACCUGGGUUAACGUUAUGUGGAAGAAAUUCACGGAAUACGAGCUGCAAUUCAUAGACGGUGUUCAGUUGAGAUAUAAAGAAUACGAUAGUAAGGUUUAUGCGGCAACACCGUUGAUCCAUCGUGCCGUAACGAAUUACGUAAUUGAAAACCUGAAGCCGUCAACCACGUAUGAAGUCGGUAUUUACUUCAUACCGUUCCCAGGACAAUUAACGGAGUUAAUUAGUGAAAAAACGAUUCAGGUAGCUACGUUUACGGAGCCAAAUCCCUACUCUUUCGAUGUAAAAGUUGAGAUUAAAACUAUCAAGUCGACGGACGUGGAAGUGUCCUGGAGUGGCGUGCCUUAUCCAGAGGACAAAUACGUGAAUAUUUAUCGUGCGAUUUACCAGAGCGACACUGGCAAAGAAGACACUAGUACCUUCAAAAUCGCCAAGAGAGACGCUCACGCUAAGACAGUAAUCGGUGAUCUAAAACCUGGCACUAGAUACCGAUUAUGGCUCGAAAUAUAUUUGACGAAUGGAAGAAUAAAAAAGAGUAAUGUGCAAGAUUUUGUCACUAAGCCAGGUGUUCUCUUACCGGCUACCGUGUCUCAGCAAGCUGGAAAAUUUGCAUCGCUUCCCCUGCAUGAAGGAGAUUACUAUGGUCCGCUAGUGAUAGUGGCCAUUGUGGCUUCCUUAGCGAUACUAUCAACCUUGAUUCUAUUAAUGAUGCUGAUGAAAAGACGAACGAGUAGUAAGGCUGACAUAUCACCUCGUAAAACUACAUCAGCAUACGACAAUCCUUCCUACAAGACUUGUGAGGAUGCAGUUACGAUACCCAACGGAAGAAACAAAACUACAGCAGACCAUGAAAUGGCUACCAUCAAUUCGAAUGUCAAAGAAACUGCCUGAGGUUUUAUAUAAUUUAUUAAAUCUGUAUUUAUUUAUAUUAAAGUCUGCAUAUAAAAGAUGCAUCUAUUAAAUCCGUCCAUACGUAUGACCAUCUCAAGACUUGAGUGAGUAGGAUAGUUCAGAUGGAUUUUGUUUACAUUUGUACAGUUUACAUUUGUAUUAUUAGACAUUCAUAAAAUAAAUAACGUAUUUUUAAAAGUUAUGAUUUUAUGUAAAGAACGUCAAGAACUAACGAGAUUCACAAUAAGUAUUUUUAAGUGGAAUGGUCAAUGAAUGAUUCAGUUUUUUAUCAAAACAAAAGUGCAAUUUAAACAAAUUUAACCACAUAUUAUUGAUAUAUUUUAAAGUAUAAAAUAAGAGAAAAUUAUGAUUAAUAAGCAUCCUUCGUAUGUACAUUUGACGUCAUGGAUCUUAUAAAAAACAAAAAUAAGUUUGUAAUUGCACAUACGUAUUUGGAAUCCGUAUUUAAAAUUGUAUUCAAAAUUCAUACGUCAUUGCGUGUGUGUAUGUGUGUAUGUUGCGUUGGCAUAAUAGUCAUAGUCUUUUCCAUGCUAGUGUAGAUAGCGAAAGAGGAUUUAUAAUAAAUAAAGCUUUUAAAAUUA